AUGGCAGAGAUCCAGGAGCAAGCUAUGGUGAGACUCAACGCCAACACAAAUGUGAGGAUGGAAGAGCAUGCAGAUUUUGUUGCAGAUGAAGUUUUUAUUGGUCCUGUGGCUUCUCGCCUUGCCUUUCCGCCUAGCUUAUCCCGCAUCCAUGAUGUCUUUCAUGUUUUAGUUAUGAGAUUAUAUCAUACUGAUAUUAUGCAUGUGUUGGAUUGGAAUGCUUUACAGGUCAAGGAUGGGCAUCUUUCUAUGGAACCUGUGCGCAUUCUUCAACAUAAAGAGAUGUCCCUCAGAGGUCAAAGCAUAGAGCAGGUAAGGGUCCAGUGGGAUCUGAUUGAUGAUUCUUCAGCUACUUGGGAUGAUGCAGUGUGGAUGAGAGAGCUAUAUCCCUAUUUGUUCUCAGGCUUUCAGGAAUAA